AUGACCUUACUCUCCCAUGUAGUGGUUCUUUGUUCCCUCCUCUUCGUGCUGUCUGGUUGCGGGAGGGGGGUGCCUUUUUGUUACACGUAUGAGCUAGACCGCAAGGUGAAACCGGUAGAAACUUGGACCGGACAAAUGCUAACAAUGGCGCAGCAAGCGCACGAGAGGGUGAAGGGAAUGCGUCACUCAAUUUCUUCCGUCGCCGCGGCUGUACACAAAUACGCAUGGAUCGUCAAGAACACAACAGAAGGGGAUGCAAUUUACGUAGACACCGCGACUCGACAACUGUCCAGAGCCUCGGAUGCCCACGACCGGGUUGCAAACCUACAGAAGACAAUACAGGAUCAUCACAAAGAGGUGACGUACCUUUCUCGCAAGGCAAUGGAAAGCUGUGACGAAUGGGUUGUCACGCUGCACCGUCUCCGGAAGACGAGGGAAGAGAAGGACCGGACAGAACUGAUGAAGAAACUUCAAACCCACGAGGCUGUAGCCAAAGAGAACAUUGGCAUCGCCAAGAAGGUGGCGUUACAGACAAAGCCAUUCGCGGAGCAGGUUGCGAGGAACGUCUCGACAGCGGAGAGUGCGCUCAGGUUCGCGCUAAAUGUCUGGAAGAAGUUCACCUCCGUUCUUGGAGAGACAAUUGAGAAAAAGAAGGCUGAGGCCGAACGUAGAGCUCGCGAGGCAGCCGAACAAACGAACAGAUCUGACAAUGCCACUGAUGAACCACAAGAGCAGACAGCAGAUGCGGCAAACCGAACGGCCACCCUACCCGAAAAGGAGGGUUCGGCAGAGCAGAACGAUGAGGAGGUGGAAGACGUGCAACAGAUUCCAAAGAUUGUUGACAGUUUGGAUUUCAGGGACAAUUUCAGUGAGGAGCGACCCACCACACAAGUGAGCACACCAUCGUGGAGUGAGCAAGGGGAUGAAACUGCGACGGAUACCACACUUAAGACGAGGGCCCAAUAUUCCGAACUGGCUACACGGGGGUGCAGAGGGCUGUUCCAUUUAUCGGCUAUUCUGUUCACCUAUGCUCGCAUUACCGCUCCUUAA